AUGACCUUUAGAUUUCUGGCACACAGUACAACGCGAGACGUAGCGUUCAACAUCACAUCUAAGAUAAGGCCAGAAGUAGGAAUUGGUCAAGAGCUGAAGAGUACGAUCUCGACCAACAUGUCCUUCAUUGUGUUACUCACGGAUCAGCUGGAGGCGGAAACUACAGUCUGGAAUACACAACAUGUUUCCUCGAAACAGAAACCCAUCAAACACAAAGUCUUUUGGAGCACUUUGGAGCAUUUGAGACGUGAGGAGCAAGGAAUGACUCGGUGCAUGGACGCAGCACAACUGGACACACAAAGGACGAAGGAGGAAGUCAUCUUGAAGACCAGCUCGACCACCUACUCGACCGGCCAAACUUCAACUCGAUCGAGCUGA